CUUCUCCGCGUUCACAUCUAUUUGAUAUUUGCUUUUUUUUUUAAAACUGCACUAAAUUAAAAAUAAAAAUUAACGAAAUAGUAAAUUGAAAUUUUUUGAAAAAAAAAAUCAGUUUCUAUAUUUAAACAGAUAAAAAAUAUUUCUGAGAUUUUAAAAAACUUUUUCUGUUUGGUGAAGAAAAAAAAACGAUUGAGUAAAAAAAACGAAUAGUUGGUGUUUAUAGGUUAUUCGAUAGUAUUUAAUAACAGUGUUAGUGUUUUUUUUUUAAAUUAGAUUUUAAGAUUGAACAAAAUUUUGUUUUUCAAAAGUGGAAAAUAAAAUUUCUAAAAUUGUUCACAAAAAGUAAUAGUGAAAAUUUACAAAAGGAAGAGAAUAAUAAUAAAGAUAAAGAAGUUAUGGUUUUGAAUAAAUGAAAGAAACAAGAAUAUAAAGAUAAGAAGAAACAAUUAAAGAAAGAGGAACGUACUUCAGUAAAUGAAUCCCAGAAGUCAAGUUUCAAAAGAUUCAAAACGAAUGAAAAGAAGUAAUUUGAAAAAUUCAAGAAACUUUCUUGAAUUAAAAAUUUAAAAAAUUCCUAAACAAAAAUAAAAUUAAGGAACAAUAUUUUGGCGAAAUUUCUAGCCAAUAAAAAAUAAUAAAAGGAUUGAAUGUUAUUCUCGAAAAUUGAAGUGUUGCGGCGACGCGAGUGUUGCGCGUGCGGACGUUAAGAUUGAAAUUGAAUAGUCCACACAAGAGGGAGGAAGAGAGAGAGAUCUGCUGAAGAGACCUCCAGAUUGGAUGCUCGAGUGACCCGUGCAAUAGUAGUGAGAGAAAUUGAACGUUCAAGUUAUAAUAAUAACGUACAUGCGGGUUCCAUUAAAAGAAGAAAACGGUUUUUAUCGGUCUGUUAUGUUGAGAUAAUAGUUAAAGGGAAUUAUUUCGAUAAGACGAUUUCUUUGAGAAAAGUGCUUGCGACAAGAAAAAAAAAGAAUAAGUGAUUUCGAUCUAGAAUCGAAUUGAUGCGACGAUGAAGUUGUACAGGAUCUUUUUUACACUCUUUUUGAGUAUCACGUGCUGCUCUGCAAAUUCAUUAAAUUUAAUGAAUAGAAAUCAUCAUUUUUUGUGCCCUGAAUUAAAAUCACAGGAUUCACUUGAUUUUAAAGAGAUAAUGGGUAAGUGGUACGUUGUGGAAAUUUUGGAGCAUAUGCAGAAAGACAGCACACAUCAAAAUGAAUAUCGCGUUACGGAAAGCAAUACAUGUCCAAUUAUUAGAAUAAAAUCAACUGAUCCACAUUCACUGAAAUUAUUCUGGAGCGAAGAGGCUGGCGAUGUUGCCUAUCACUUUAAUGUUGAUUUAAAACGUGCAGGAUUUUGGACGACAAACAUUAAACAAAAUGGUACGUUGGUGGACUACAAUUAUCUGCAAUUUGUCGGCAAAGUCUACGUGAUGAAAGCAGUGGCAACGCAUAUGGUUUUAACAUUUUGCUCAUCAUCGACAGAUCAACAUCCUGGAUUACUUUAUUCUGUAUUAAUGUCAAGAAAUCAUAUUUUAAAUAUUGAUGACAUUAAUGGUGUUCAUAAAUUAUUAAAUAGACGUGAAUUGAAAUUAUCAAAAAUCAAAAAAUCAUGCGCCAAUGGUGGUGCUAAUAUUCAAAGAAGUAACUUAAAUCUCGGUUGGCUGGUCCUGCUGGGAAUUAUCACGUCUUCCGGCCUUUUUUCAAGUUUCACUUGGCAUUAAUGUUCACUUUUUUUAAGCAUAAAAUUUACAAUUUUUCAAAUUAUUAUUAUUAUUGAUUGCUUCCUUGUAGAACGAGGACUUUUGAAAUGAUUUUUUUGAAAUCAAUAUUCGCGACUUUACCCUCUUUUAGAAUAAUUGUCAGGGAUUUGAAGUGCAUGAAAAGUCAUAUACAUAUAUAUACUUUCUUUAUGCGCGCGGAUAUGGGAUUUAAAAGCCAAUUCUGACAUGAUUUAGAUCCUCGAGAUUUCAAAAUCAAAUCCUACAAUUCACUCGUCGGGAUCUUUGACACAGUCAAUCUUUUGACGUUAUACGUGAUUCGAAUUUAAAAUGGAAAAAAAAUUGACCCAUCUCUUUCUCUCACUGUACGAAUAGAUACGUCUCAUUUUUAUUUGUAGAAAAGUACAGAGAGAGAUUCAUUUUUAAAAAUUCGAAUCUCAUUUUCCUAAUCUGAAAUUUUUGUCUAAUUUUUUUUAUUCCUGACUGCAGAAAUUUUAUUCUUUAGAAAAUUGAUUCACGACAAAAAACGAAAAGUGAGAAUGUAAAUGAAAGAUGAGAAUAGACAUUCUUCUUUAGGUAUAAAGGUGCAAUGUCCUUUAUUUAUUUAUUUAUUUUUAUUAUAUAGGAUAGAAAAACAAAAAAAUUAGGUGAUUUCGAAAAAGGUUGCGCGAAAUGUUACUUUUUCUCAAAAAAAAUUAAUAAAUUGAAGUGUGAAAAUUGUUUAAAUUCUAAACUCAGCUUUCUCGCAGUUACUUCAUUCCGUUUUGAGUCAUCAUCAAUCGGACUCAAUUAAAGAGAUUAAAGCUCGAGAUCAUUAUUAUAGACAAUUUCAUUUUGUGUCACGAAAAUUGAGAUCUCUUCAUUUUCUAAAUAGCAGAAAUUCCAUAAAAUCAUUUUUACACUAUUUAGGAAUUUUUUCACAAAUUUAUAUAUGCAAUUUGAUAUAUAAGAAUUAACAGUGUCAUUAAUUCAAAGAAUUAUAUACGAAUUAUUAUAUUAUACAAAUCGAUAAUAAUAUUAAUAAUAGUACUAAUUACGCGCCAGUGUUCAAAUGUAAUUAGAAUUUGGAAAUUAUUGCUUGUAAAUUUAAAAAUUGAUUACGAAUGGUUAGGAAUUAAAAUCUUGUUUUCUGUGAGAAGGUAGAGUUUUAAUUUUCCUCUUAUUUAUCGAAUUUAAAGAAAAACACUUACUUAUCUUCUGAACAAAAAAUAUAAAAGACAAAACUAAAAAAAUCAGAGGAAUAAAAAUAAAAAACUUUGCUUUAUAUGAGAAGGAGAAGUUUAAAACUCCACCUUAUCACAGAAGGCAAAGAAUAGUUUUUUUAGUUUUGCCCACAACAUUUUUUUUCUUCAGGUGUGAAUUUUAUAUAUUAACAAUGGAAUUUAUAAACACAAGUUAAUUUAAAAAAUAUAUUACAAAAAAAAUUGUAGGUAUUAAAAAUUUAUGUUAAUUUUUUAAAAGAAACGAAAAAAGUUUUUAAUGAUUUUAAAAAAAAUCAAAUAAAAAAUGUCAAAUCUUAAUAGUAACGAAGCAUUCUUUAUAUAAAUAUAAAGAAAAAAAAGCAAUACACUUCCGGAGCUUCGGGCUCUAUUUUAUCGUGCCCGAGGUUUUAUAUAUCGAACCACCGAUCCAUUCGUGAUGUUGGGGCACUUUUUUAAAUUGCCCUAUAAAAGUUUCAAUACUUUCGCGGCGACAAAAGACGAGAUGUGUAGUCUUAUAAGCUCCAUUAAUUGCGAGGCAUUCCUCCGAAAUCCAAACAAAAAACUUUUCACAACAAUACUUCAAUAAGCCAUGAAACAAAUCCAUAGCCGCGUUUCUCAUUUAUUCACAUUUUUCUUUCCGUAAAAUAUCUCACCUGAUAAUAUAUAUAUAUAUAUUGAGAUUAGGCAAAUUUGGAAAUUAGAAAUUUAUUUUGUAACUUCGUGGUAGUUUUUAAUCUUCUGAACAAAAAAUGUAAAUGACAAAACUAAAAACGCCUCCUUCACACAGAAAGUAAGAUUUUAAUUUGUAUCUCUGACAUUGUAAUUUUGUAGUUUUUCACCAUCCGCACAAAAAGUCUGACUGGAAACUUAAAAAAUGUGUAAAUAAAAUUGUUUUUUGUGAGAAGGUGGAGUUUUAAACUUCUCCUUCUCACGUAAAGCAAAGUUUUUCAUUGUUAGUCGUUUAUUUUUUUUAGUUUUGCCAUUCAAAUUUUUUGUUCAAAAGGUUAAAAACUACAAGACUACGUAGUGACAAAAAAAUUCACCUAAACCUUUUUUUCAAUGACUACACUGAGAAUAUUUUGGAUUUAUAACAUAUCAGAUGUAAUAUUCAAAAUAGCAAAAAAUAAAACAGAAAAAACUUAGAAUUGAAGAGAAACAGUUGAUUGAAAAAUUAUUGAGUCAGAAAAUUUUUUCAAUAUAAAAAUAUAUAGGUUAGUGAAUAUAAUAAUAAAUUUUCUACCAGCGAACCUGUUCGAGUCACAAUUUUUGUAAUAAUUUAAUAUAUAAAUAAAUAUAUACAUAUGGGUUUUCCUUCGGAGGCCUUGGCCAUAAUUGUAAGUGUUCUUAUUUAUACUAUAUAUCUUUUUGUACAGAAAGGCAUAAUUUUAAGACGUCUUUAUUAAUUAUAAUUAUAAUUAAGUAUGACUGUGUGCGUAAAUUAUAUAUAGCGACUCCUUCCCUUUCGAAGAUACAUAAAAUUUAAAUUUUACUUCUCACAUAAGCGUACCUUAUAAUAAAAAAUAUAUAUAUAAAUAGAAUUUGCGGAUGUUCUAUGUAUAUGGGGGAGACUGGGGUCAAUUUUAAUAGAGGUCAAUGGUAAAGUUGUUAAUGACAAGACAUAGUCUAUUCAAACGUUCUAAUUUCAAAACUAUUUCUGUUUCACUUUUUUUAUCAAUUUGUUGAAUUUUGAUAAAUUUACAAAUAAAAAAAAUAAUUAUUAACCUAACAAUUAUUAUUAUUACUUUUUUUAUUUUUGUUAUUCUUAUUAAUAUUAUAAAUAAUUAUAAUAAUUAUUUACUUACAAAUUAUUUUUAAAAAUAAAUAAAAGUUAUUAAAUAAAAAUGAUUUGAUACAAAGAAAUAUUUAUUUGAUAAUAUUCAAGUAACCGAUUAUUUGAAUCAAAUAAAUUUUUUUUCAACAUAACCUUUUCUUUCAUAAACAAGCACAAAAAAAUAUAUAAUAAUUUUGCAAAAUUCAAUUAUAUAUGUGGAAGGUGAACUGCAAUUAAUUUAAUAUACAUAAGGCAAUUCGUAUUUAAAUCUGAUACUAUAUACCCUUGUUGAAAAGAUUAUCUUAAUUAGAAUAAAUUCCAAAACAUGUUGAGUUGAAAAAAAAUUAUUUAAAAAAUUUUUAAAUAUGAGAACAUUAAUAAAAUUCGAACUAUAGUGAAAAAUUUUCACACCUUUGUAAAAAUUAUGUCAUUUAAUAAUUUUCAUUUCCGUUAAAGUAAACAAGACAUAGAGAGAGAAAGAGAGAGAAUGACGUGAAAAAUUAAUUUACCUCUCCGCGAGAUUCGUAUUUGCACUUUGUAUUUACAUGUUGAUUGCUUCAUAUUUUCCAUCCGGCUCUCCUUUUAUAAACAUUUUUUUCUCUCAUAUACACAUACAUACACAAUCUAUUCAUUCUCUCUGGACAAAUAACUCUACUAUUGUCACAAAUAAUUAGAAAAUUACUCAAAAGCAAACAGUAAAAACGUAUAUAAUCCAAUUUUUGAUCUUGAAUCACGUAAAAGAUUACAAUUGAAGCUACUAUGAAAAUUUUUUGGAUUUUUUUUCUGCUAAUAAGUUUACGAAUUUCAGUUCUUAAUUUGUGAUCUUUUUUCAACUUUAUUUUUAAUUAUAUGUAUAAAAGAUAUAUAUUAAUAUUGAUCUCCAGUCUCUAACAUAAUUUUAAAUAAUUUAUUGUUGAAUGCAAAAAUGGAAGUAUAAAAUUUACGGUCUCGUGUAAAUGACCUUAAAACGUAAAAAAAGUUAAAGUUUAAAAAUUUACAAUACUUUAAAAGAUUAAAAUCUUUUUAGAUUCAGAAGCAAAAAAAAAAAAGAAAAAAAUUAAUGCAAUUCAAUGCUCUUAAGGAAAUGUUUAUAGAAAGAAUGAAGUCGUAUAUACGACUAAAAACUAUCUCUAAUAGAAAUUGCAUUUGUUGAAUUUCAUCUAAUUACACAAACUAUUAUUUUUUAAAAUUAUUAAUUAAUUUUUCAUUAUUAAUUACUUUUUUUGCCUAAAAUAACUGAAAUAUAUUUUCUCCAAAUUUUGUAACUCUACAGUUGUGUUUUCAAAAUUUAUAUAUAUAAAUAAUAUAAUAAUUAACAUAAUAAAAAUUGUAAUCAUCGAAUGAUUUUUGCAAUAAUUUUUGCAAAAAAAUCGAGACUACAAAAAAAAUUUCAAAGUGUUAAAAUAAUCGAUUUAUUAAGAAAUAACACUCGACACUAUCGAAUAGUAAAGAGAGCUAUGUGACGUUGUGUUUAAAUCGCUUUAGAGUCUUUAUUUAUUGUACAAAUGCUCGACAUUAUUAUUAAUAAUAUACUGUAAUUAGAAUUAAGUAACUUCAAUAUUGUCGUAUGCUUAUUAAAUAUGUGUAUAAAAAAAGGAAAAAAAUAAAGAGUGACUGCGACAUUUUUGAAAAUGA